AUGGAUUAUGAAAGUGAUAUGGAGAACCAAAUACCAGAGGUGGUUGUGCUUUCAGAUUCAGAGGAUGAUAUUGGUGAUGUGAGGGAAGAUACAGUUGAGGAGAACCAAGAACCGGUUCAGAGUGACAGAAAUGGGAAAGGAAAACAAGCUGAUGUGAGGGAAAAUACAGCUGAGGAGAGCAAAGACAAAGUUCAGCGUGACAGAAAAGGGAAAGGAAAGCAAACUGAUGAAGAUUUCAUAUUGGAGGAGGAAGAGUUUGAGCAAGAUGUUGAAGCUAAGAUAGAGAUGGGUACACAGUCUGACCCUAGGAGGUGGUGGCGAUCAGUUUCAGAUUUUUGUGCUCAAAAUGUUGAUGAUGGAGACUUAGAUGGUAUAUGUUAUGAGGAGGAGUUACACGAAAUGAAGUCAGAUGAUGAGUUUGAUGCUGGUAAAAAUUCCAAAGAAUUCAACCCGAAAACCAAAAUGCAAAACUUCCAAUUUGUUCUUGGCAUGGAAUUUGCCACUGUUACAAUUUUAAGGAAUGCAAUAAGGGAGUACUUUAUUGAAGGUGAUCGAGAAUAUGUAUUUAUUGCCAAUGAUUCAAAUAGAGUUAGAGUUAAGUGCAAGGGUGCAAACUCUGAAUGGAUGUUGUUUGCUUCAAUAGUUAACAAGACAGAUGGCAAGACAAUGAGGGUCAAAACACUUGUUGACAAGCAUAGUUGUGGCAUUGUUUUGGACAAUAAAAAGCUGACCUCAACUUGGCUUGCAAAGCACUUUUUGGAGCAAUUUAGGCUAAAUCCGAGUAUGGAAUACAAUGCAUUUAGGGAGAUAACUGCAAAGACCAAGUACUCACGUGUGUCUAGCUGGACAUUUUACAGAGCCAAGACAAAAGCAAGGAAGAUGUUGGAAGGGUAUAUCAAGGAACAAUACGCCAUUCUUGAUGAUUACUGUAAAAGGUUGUUGGCUACCAAUCCUGGCUCUACUGUGAAGUUGAAAACUUAUUUGGUUAAUGGGAGAAGGACAUUUCAGCGUAUUUAUAUUUGUCUUAAGGCAUGUAGAGAUGGCUGGUUGGGGGGUUGCAGACCUCUAAUUGGUCUUGAUGGCUGCUUUUUAAAAGGAUAUUGUAGGGGCAUUUUAUUGGCUACAGUAGGCAUUGAUGGUAAUAACUCCAUGUUUCCCAUUGCCUAUUGUGUUGCUGAAAAGGAAAACACUGAGUUUUGGACUUGGUUCUUGGAGCUAUUGAAGGAAGAUCUUGGGAAUUUGAGUCCUACCAAGGUGACAAUGAUGAGUGAUUGUCAAAAAGGAUUAGAAAAUGCAAUGGGAGCCAUCUUUAGUGGGUGUGAGCAGCUAAUACUACAACACAAGCUGAGUUUGGUCGAGCAAUGCAAGAAGUCAAGGAUGUCUCGAAUGGUGCUUACAAUUGGUUGGCAGGGAAGAACACCACAUAAUGGAAAAAUUAGAUUUUGGUUGAUGUCUCGGUUUUAUAACAAAAAAGCUGAGUUGGAGAAGAUGACUCAACCUGUGGGGAAAAGAAUUUUGAAGAUAAUUAAGAAGCAAAAAGAGGUUGCAAAGCAUUGUUUGGUUACUAGGUCUGGCAAGUUUCAGUUUCAGGUUCAAUGCAACAAUGGUGGUGCCUUGGUUGUCGAUUUGGAAUUCAGAACUUGUACAUGUAGGAGGUUUCAACUAUCUGGGCUUCCUUGUGGCCAUGCACUAGCUAUUAUCUGGUUCAUGGGAGGUAAUGUCUUUGAAUAUGUCCACGGAUUCUAUAAAAAAGAAUCAUUGCAAAAAGCAUAUGAACAGAGUGUGCAUCCUAUGCCUAGUCCAGAUAUGUGGCUUCAGACAAGACUCAAUCCAAUCAAUCCACCACCUGAGACAAAGCUGUCUGAAAGACCUAAGAAAGCUAGGAGAAGGGAGACAGAUGAACCUCCACCUGCUUUAAAGAAAGCUCGAAGAACUGGACAAGUUAAAACAUGCAGUAAUUGUCUGAAAACAGGCCACAUGAGAGAAACAUGCAAAUCUGCUAAGGUGGUUGAUAAUCGUGUGGUCAAAAAGCGAGGUCGUCCACCACUGCAGAAACCAACUGAAGCCACACUUUUAAGGAAGGAAAGAAGACUGAAACAACAUACUAAAGGAGGAACUAGUGGUGCAAAGAAUGCUCAAUCCGAUACUGGUCAUGCUGGCCAUGAUAUUGGUCAUGUACAGAUUAGAUACAUUUGGCUUUUUAGGCCUAUAUUUUUGUACCUAUCUCUUAUGGUAAUGAAUGUAACUAGUUGUUGA